GUAGGAAGCAGUAAUGAGUUUAAAAUUUGCGAAACACCAGAAGAAGCGCAGCAAAGGUUUAAAAGAAAGCGCCCCUCUUCCUCUUCCUCACUCGUCUUGCUGCUUAGCUCCGUUUCUGUCGCUCCCACAAGCUCAAACAAAAGAUCACAAUGUCUGACGAAGGCAAGUUAUUUAUCGGAGGUUUGAGCUUCGAGACCACCGAGGAUUCUCUGGCCGCCGCCUUUGGAAAAUAUGGAACCAUCGAAAAAGUUGAUGUGAUCAGAGACAAAGAGACUGGAAGGUCGCGUGGGUUUGGCUUCGUCAAAUACGACAAUGUUGAUGAUGCAAAGGAUGCGUUGGACGCCAUGAACGGAAAGACUCUGGAUGGUCGUGCCAUUCGUGUUGAUGAAGCGGGGAAAGGUGGACGCUCCAGAGGAGGAUUCAGCUCAGGGCCACGAGGCGGCAGAUUCAGCAGCGGGUCCCGGGGGAGAGGCGGACGAGGCUUCUCCAGAGGUGAGGGUGGAUACAACAGCGACAGAGGAUAUGGAGACAGAAGUUAUGGGGACAGAAGCUUCGGUGGUGGUGAUAGGAGUUUUGGUGGUGGAUACAGGAGUGGAGGUGGUGGAGGAGGAUACUCCUCAGGCGGCUACAGAGAGAGCAGGGGACAGGGUGGAUAUGGUGACCGAUCAGGAUCCUAUCGUGAUGGAUACGACAGCUAUGCACACGAGUAAACGUCACCCUGAUUCAAGAUCCAUCACUUGGCUGGCUGUAUUUGAAAGCUGCGCUCCUCAAGAAAAAUGUCCACGUGUUAUUGACUUUAGUUAUGUAGUUCUGUUGUAGUAGCUUGGCAUCAGAAGAAACUGAAUUUUGGUAAAAACCAUGUUACAAAUGCAGUUCAGAGAUCUUUGAUUGGGCAUCCUCUGAUCAUUCAUGACUUUGUGUGAACUCCUGUACAGUCCUGGGCUGAAACAAUUCUCCACAUGGCUUCUGGUAAAUCGGCUACAGUGGCUGGAGAUUUCUUUUGUCCAGCAAUACAGUUUCUAAAUUAAAGUUUUUUUUCUUCUUUAGCCUAAGACUGACCUACCUCCUGGUUUUUUUAUUUUUAACUGAGUAAGGAGCUCUUAACUAGAACUUUUGGGAUUUUAAUUGUUAAAUUCCUUCAUGAGAACCUUAGUUUGUCCAAGCUUUUGUUAAAAUUUCCCAAAAGAGAACUCCUUCCAGACUGGUGAACUACACUUCCGAAGCGGCCGGCUGUUCAUGAAGUUGCAAAAUGCAACAUGCUACAGUCCGUCCAAGGUAUCUUCUGUGCUCUGCAGUUUAUGUGCUGUAAAAUGGACUAAAGUGAUCGCAAAUGUAACUUCGUUUUUCAGAGUUUAAAUAUAAAUGGGAACAUUUUUGUACUUAUGUUUGUAUGAUCCAACUUUUUUUUUUUUUUUUUUUCCUGUUCGUUGGCUUCAUGGAGCCUAUUAAACAAAAUGUGGAAAAUGA